UGGUUAAGGCAGCAGCAGUUCGGCAAAGUAGCUUGUUGCACAAUGUCCAUGCGUCUAAUUCUAAUUGGCUUGGCCAUCCUGGCACUGGCCUACGCACAACCUGUUCCAGAAGCUCCAGAAGUCAUUGAAAAUUCUAACCCCGUCCUGGAGAUGAAUUCAGAAAAACCCAAACUAAAUGCCUACCAACGGACCCUUUUCCUGCUGCUGCCCCUGCUGUUCCCUAACGAGUUCUAUAUACCGACUACUAGCGGCUAAUAAACU